AUGAUCAUCGACCGCUUCAUAUAUGCAUUUCGCAGUGAAUUUGUGGUAAUCGCGGCGUUUAAGUUACGAAAAUUGUGUUCUCUCUUUUCUCUCUCUGUCUGUCUCUCUCGCUCUCUCCGUUUCUCUCUCUCUCACUUCGUUUCUCUCUCUGUGUUUCUGUCUCUCUCCGUUUCUCUGUGUGUGUUUCUAUCUCUGUGUUUCUCUCUCUCUCUCUCUCUCUCUCUGUGUUUCUCUAUCUCUCUCUGUGCGCCUCUCUCUCUAUCUCUCUCUGUGCGCCUCUCUCUCUAUCUCUCUCUGUGCGCCUCUCUCUCUAUCUCUCUCUGUGCGCCUCUCUCUCUAUCUCUCUCUGUGCCUCUCUCUCUCUCUCUCUGUGCACCUCUCUCUCUCUGUGCACCCUCUCUCUCUCUGUGUCCCUCUCUCUCUCUGUGUCCCUCUCUCUCUCUCUGUGUCCCUCCCUCUCUCUCUCUGUGUCCCUCUCUCUCUCUGUGUCCCUCUCUCUCUCUCUCUCUGUGUCCCUCUCUCUCUCUCUGUGUCCCUCCCUCCCUCCUUCUCUCUAUGUCCCUCCCUCUCUCCCUCCUUCUUUCUCUAUCUCUCUCUCUAUCUCUCUCUCUAUCUCUCUCUGUGUCCCUCCCUCUCUCCCUCCAUCUCUCUCUAUCUCUCUUUGUGUCCCCCUUCUCUCUCUCCAUCCCUCUCUCUCUCUCCAUCCCUCUCUCUCUCUCCAUCCCUCUCUCUAUCUCUCUCUGUGUCCUCUCUCUAUCUCUCUCUGUGUCUCUCUCGCUAUCUCUCUCUAUGUCCCUCCCUCCCUCUCUCUAUGUCUCUCUGUGUCCCCCUCUCUCUUUAUCUCUCUCUCUGUGUCCCCCCUCUCUCUUUAUCUCUCCCUGUCCAUUCCUCUCUCUCUCUCCCCAUCCCUCUAUCUCUCUCUCUGUGUCCCUCCCUCUCUCUCUAUCUCUCUCUCUAUCUCUCUCUAUCUUUCUCCCUCUGUCUCUGUGUCUCUCUCUGCGUCUCUCUCUCUCUCUCUCUGGUGCUCCACAACACUUACUGCCACCGCUUUCACAACCGUUGGAUCCACAGGUGAUCUCUUCCGCUCCUUCCGCGGGGAGUCAGUCUUCGCAUGUAGUAGGGCUGACACGGCCCAAGCCUAAUUCACCGAGGGUUUCAGACCCGUCGGCUACCCUCAAUCUGGUUUGGCCAGCCCAUGGGUUGUUAGGGAGAGGUACUACCUUUAGCACGGUGUUCGGCAUGUGCUUUUCAGGGCAGCUCGACUGGUUUUCACCUGUCACCCAGCUCUCACCUGUGGUUCCUAGAAGCUGUCGCAUGCAACAGCGCCCCACACCCCCGGGAUUCAUAGUAAAAAAAAAAAAUACAAACCCUAAUCCCGCGAUAUCCUCGUGCCACUUUCACGAUGAACGCCUUUUCUUUUCUUUUCUCUCUCUCUCUCUCUCUCUCUCUCUCUCUCUCUCUCUCUCAAUGAGGUCCAUUGAUUCCAAUGUUCACAUAGACGAACUACCUUCACUCCCAAUAACCGCUCCUUUGUGGAAAAGAUUGUUUUGUUUUGAAAUCUAG